AUGUCGAAGGUCCUUAAGCAAUUCGAGGAAGCUAUUUUUAAGGGAGGGCUUUAUAAAAAGCUAUUUCAGAAACAAACACCCGGAAAACGCAUUGCACCUGUGCAGGCGAGGGACAAUGACUCCAAAUACCAAUUGCGUCUGGACGCGGGCGAGUCCUUGGACGGGAUCAAGAACGUGUACUUGCAAGUCAAUUCCCAGGCGAAAAACGAUUCUCUAGCCAAGUUUAGACAAAAAAAAGGGACAGAUGCCAACUUGGCUUCGAGUACGAUUGAUGAGAACACUCCAGCUGAGUCUCAAGAGGAAGUUGCAAGAAAAUUCUGGGAGGAAAUGGCGAAGCAAGCGAAAGAGAACCUCAACUGA